CCGCCCACGCGAAGCUCAGCUGAAACAAAGCGCGCUGUAGUUACAGACGCCGCUCAGUCACGCGCAAGCUUCCGUUAGGAAACAACACCCUCAUUAAAUAUUCAAAUUUUCCAAGUGCACAUCUAAACAAGGAUUUUAUUUCGUGAUUCAUAUCAAGACAUAAACUCAUCACAUCACAAUGUCUGAGAAAACUACUCAACUGGAGGCCGGACAACAGCUUGUCAAAAAGACCAUGGACUCGCUGGUGGAACAGAGACAAACCACAGAGAAGGUCUCCAUCCAAGCGAGGCAAGAGUUCCGCGAACAAUACCAAGAGAGCUACGAAGAAGAAUUCGAAGAGGAGACUUUUAUUGAUGAGCACGGAAAUGAAACCACGAAGAGGGUCGAGUCGAGCAGUGAGAGCAAAGAGCACUCCAAGAGCGCAGACGUCAGGGUGAAGGCAUCAGGACUGAACGCAGAGCAGAUGAAGGCAUUGACCGACUGCGCCAGUCAGGCGGGGCAACUAGCACUUGACUCCAAGGCAGCCAACUAAACCAUGUGCCCUUAAAAGCGCGUGUGGUGGUUUCAAAGAGUGAUAAAGACUGUGCCCAGUGUUCCUUAUGUUAAAUUAUCUAUAAUUAAUUACUUAUAAGUAAUAUAUUACAAAAAAUGCAAUAAAUCAAUUGAAAAAAGUAAAA